AUGGAUGCUUCUCAGAUAUUCGCCGCAUUGAGGAAGGGAAAUUUUGUGAUGACCCCCCUCGCAAAUAAUCAGAUGCGUUACGAGGAUCUGGACUUUGUGUUUGUGAAAAAGUCCGACUAUUCUCCCAUUCCAAAUGAGACUGCAACUAGGACGCAUUUCGAGGAUCUCGAACGUGCCGACGCAAUGUGGAUAGAACGUACCGGGUGGUCACGCUCUGCCGAUGCUCUCGCCGGACAGGCUGACAUGUGGAAGGAAGACAAUAUACCUCCAUCGCUUCUGACAGCACAUGACACAUUGAUGGAUGAGGUGAUACAAAUGGGUGAAUCACCUGCUACUGUUAGUCUUUGGCAGAAUGAUCUUUGGCGCGUGCGAGCCCAGGCUGAGAACUUCACGGAGGAGCCCGUCUUUGUGCCUGUCUUCAAGGAAAAGUAUCUCGCCACUUUUCGCAAGCUGUUUUGCGUUCUAGUGUCGCGGCCAAAGAUCUUCCAGUUUACCGCCAAUCAGCGUGCAGCAUACGAUAUCAUGAAGAAGGAUCCCAAGACUUGGACAGUGUUAGGGUUUUGGCACAGUGUCGUCUGCUAUUCCUAUAGCGGUUGUGCUAACGCCGCAUACCAGCCGUUGGAGGCAGGUCUUGCUGCUCUGAACUGGGAUGAGACGAACGGUAUGUUCAGGCCGCUAAAGCAAGCGAUGCAGAUCAUUGCGCAUAUCAUGCUGAUGAUUAAACUGAUGCUUGUGUACUUUAGCAUCUGUGCAUCCCAAUUGAUGCUCAGCGUGAACCAUGGAGGGAGGAAUCUGACAAUGGGACGAUUUUUUGAGCGCGAGUGUCAACCGUUCAUUCGAACCAAGCGCAGCUCGGAGGGCCAUACACCGGCCGGAAAGAUUUUGAGGCUGUGGGCAUACGGCAGAGCCAUCUCCGAGACGUCGACGGGCAACGUGCAGUUGUCAGAGGACGGGAAUAUUUCGAUUGGAGCUGCGGCCACUAGUGAGUCGCACAUCAAGUCUGGUAUCAUGCGUCUAGUUGACGACCUAGAGUCGCAGGCUGUUGCACUGGUGGGCAGGAAUGUUUCAGCUCUGGACCCUCGCAUGUUUCUCGACUAUAUGGAAGUUGAAUGCACCGGAACAAGGGUGGGCGAAUCGCCUGCUGACAAGAAAAGGCUGUGGGAUUGGGCAGGAGGAGACCCCAUCGUUAUGAUGGACCGAUUUUGGUCGAAGCGAAUCUACAACGGAGGGCGUCUCAGCAGAGUUCAAUGCGAAAGAGACUUCUUCGUCGAGGUUGUCAGAUUCAAGGAGCUGCUGCUGGUUGCUCUGCAACUGACGGGAGGCUCGCCGGCAAGAUGCUCGGAGAUUUUGACGCUCAGGUUGAUGAACUCGACGUGGGAAAAGAGAAACGUUGAAUUCGGCUUGGGAGGAGGAGCGUUGGCGUAUCGGUACAAGAAGCAGGGGGCUGGCGUCCUAAAGACUGUGCAUCGAUUCCUGCCUCAAAAGGUAGCUCGUUCCUUGUUGGUCUAUAUUGCCGUGAUUCAUCCGUUUAUCAUGUGCAUGAACCAGCUGCUGUACAACAGAAGUCGCCCUGUCGGGGAACGAGCACUUCUUCAAAGCAGGUAUCUGUUCCAAUCGCAGUAUCGGCAGCGCGUUCUCGACGAGCUCGACGACGACGACGACGACCCGCCUGAAACUUCGGAUACUCACGAGCAGGAAUGCGACGCGGUGAUUUUUGAUGAUAUGUGGACUUUGGACCGAGUCCGAACUGUGCUAAAUGUGACGAUGACAAAAUACUUUGGCACCAAAGCCGGUGUCAUGAACGUGUCGUCUUGGCGAAAUUGUCAGGCUCUGAUUACCCAGAAACGAAUUGUUUGCCAGCCAGACAACGACGGAAUUGACUUCCAUGUUGGAGCUGAUUUCCAUGCCCUGCAAUUUGGACACGGGGCUGAAACCGAACGUCGUCACGAUGGCAUCGCCCCUCUGGAUCCUGAAGACCGGAGGAUUUGCUUCCAACAUGCAAGUUUGGCUUGGCACAACUAUAUCGGACUGGACGCAGCGGUUCGACUGUCUUGA